CGCCGCCAUCUUGGAAGCGGGCAAGCGGCCCGCUCGGCGCCGGCGGCGCGCGGGGACGGGCGUUCCCCGAGGGGACGCGGGGGAGACGUGGCGGUGGGAGAAGGGACGAGCCUUCCCUAACGGCGGACGGCAGCGCCGGAGGGAGUGGCGGUGGGGGGAAAAGAGGGCAGAGAAGCGCCGGUGGCCGGAGGCAAAAUGGCGGGCGCGGGCUCAGGCGGAGGGGCGGCGCGGUACGGCGGCGCGGAGGGGUCAGCGCGCUUGGCGGGAGCGGGAGGCGCUCAGACCGCGCGUUGCGCGCCCAGGAGCCGUUGGCACAGCCGGGACGCCGAGCGCCGCCAUGCACGUCGUCAAGAGGGAUGGGCGCCAGGAGCGUGUCAUGUUCGACAAGAUCACGUCGCGCAUCCAGAAGCUCUGCUACGGCCUCAACGCCGACUUCGUCGACCCCGCCCAGAUCACCAUGAAGGUGAUCCAGGGGCUGUACAGCGGCGUCACGACGGUGGAGCUGGACACGCUGGCGGCUGAGACGGCCGCCACCCUCACCACCAAACACCCCGACUACGCCAUCCUGGCCGCCAGGAUCGCCGUGUCCAACCUGCACAAGGAGACCAAGAAGGUGUUCAGUGAUGUGAUGGAUGAUCUCUACAACUACAUCAACCCUCACAACGGGAAGCACUCGCCAAUGAUCUCCAAAGAAACUCUGGACAUAGUUUUGGCCAACAAGGAUCGCCUGAAUUCUGCCAUUAUCUACGACAGAGACUUCUCCUACAACUACUUUGGGUUUAAGACUCUGGAACGUUCCUACUUGCUGAAAAUCAACUCCAAAGUGGCCGAGCGCCCCCAGCACAUGCUCAUGAGGGUGUCUGUGGGGAUCCACAAGGGCGACAUCGAGGCGGCCAUCGAGACGUACAACCUGCUGUCGGAGCGCUGGUUCACUCACGCCUCGCCCACGCUCUUCAACGCCGGCACCUGCCGCCCACAGCUCUCCAGUUGUUUCCUGCUGUGCAUGAAGGACGACAGCAUUGAAGGCAUCUAUGACACCCUCAAGCAGUGUGCCCUCAUCUCCAAGUCUGCUGGGGGCAUCGGCCUCGCCGUCAGCUGCAUCCGCGCCACGGGCAGCUACAUUGCUGGGACAAACGGGAACUCCAACGGGCUCGUCCCGAUGCUGAGGGUCUACAACAACACUGCCCGCUACGUGGACCAGGGUGGAAACAAGAGACCUGGGGCUUUUGCCAUCUACCUGGAGCCGUGGCAUUUGGACAUCUUUGAGUUCCUUGACUUAAAGAAGAACACAGGCAAGGAGGAGCAGAGAGCCAGAGACCUUUUCUUUGCCCUCUGGAUUCCUGACCUCUUCAUGAAGCGAGUUGAAACCAACCAGGACUGGUCCUUAAUGUGUCCAAACGAGUGUCCUGGCCUAGAUGAUGUUUGGGGAGAGGACUUUGAGAAGCUAUAUGAGAGUUACGAGCGGCAGGGCCGUGCCCGCCGGGUGGUGAAGGCCCAGCAGCUCUGGUACGCCAUCAUCGAGUCCCAGACCGAGACUGGCACCCCCUACAUGCUCUACAAAGACUCCUGCAACAGGAAGAGCAACCAGCAGAACCUGGGGACCAUCAAAUGCAGCAACCUGUGCACGGAGAUCGUGGAGUACACCAGCAAGGAUGAGGUUGCAGUCUGUAAUCUGGCCUCCAUAGCCCUCAACAUGUACGUCACUGCAGAGCACACCUACGACUUCCAGAAGCUGGCUGCAGUCACCAAAGUCAUCGUCAGGAACCUCAACAAGAUCAUUGAUAUCAACUACUACCCUGUGCCAGAGGCUGAGCGCUCCAACAGGCGGCACCGGCCCAUCGGCAUCGGCGUGCAGGGCCUGGCCGACGCCUUCAUCCUGCUGCGCCUCCCGUUCGAGAGCCCCCAGGCCCAGCGCCUCAACCAGCAGAUCUUCGAGACCAUCUACUACGGGGCUCUGGAAGCCAGCUGCGAGCUGGCCCGCGAGCAGGGCCCCUACGACAGCUACCAGGGCUCUCCCGUCAGCCGGGGGAUCCUUCAGUACGACAUGUGGAACGUCACCCCGUCUGAUCUGUGGGACUGGAAGGCUCUGAAGGAGAAGAUUGCCAAGUAUGGUGUGAGGAACAGCCUCCUCCUGUCUCCCAUGCCAACGGCUUCCACUGCUCAGAUCCUGGGCAACAACGAGUCCAUCGAGCCCUACACCAGCAACAUCUACACACGCAGAGUCCUCUCAGGGGAGUUCCAGGUUGUGAAUCCUCAUUUGUUGAAAGAUCUCACAGAGAGGGGCCUGUGGAACGAGGAGAUGAAAAACCAGAUCAUUGCCCACAAUGGCUCCAUCCAGAACAUCCCUGAGAUUCCUGAGGACUUGAAGCAGCUCUACAAGACAGUGUGGGAGAUCUCCCAGAAAACUGUCCUGAAGAUGGCAGCAGACAGAGGAGCUUUCAUCGACCAGAGCCAGUCUCUCAACAUCCACAUCGCUGAACCCAACUAUGGCAAACUCACCAGCAUGCACUUCUAUGGCUGGAAGCAGGGACUGAAGACUGGCAUGUACUACCUGAGGACAAAGCCAGCUGCAAACCCCAUCCAGUUCACCCUCAACAAGGAGAAGCUCCGGGAGCGGGAGAAGCCCUCCAAGGAGGAGGAAGAGAAGGAGAGGAACAAAGCAGCCAUGGUGUGCUCCCUGGAGAACAGGGAUGAGUGCAUGAUGUGUGGCUCCUAACAGGCCCCUCCUGCAGUGCCAGCAAAGCCAUUCCACCUGGCACAGCCCUCCCAGGCAGCAGCUGGGGGAAGUGCAGGGUGCAGAGGCUGGCUGGGAGCGUGGCAGGAGGGCUGAGGGCAGUAGUGUAGUGUAGCUUCCCCAUCCCCUGGGGGCUGCUGCAAAAGGCAUGGAUAGAAGUUUGUAUCUUGCUUUAGUAGCUGGGCUUUCUGAAAACUGGGGUGCUCUUGCCUGGUCUGGCACACUGAGCCCCACAGGCAGGAGCUCUUGUGGCAGGCAGGGCGAGUGCUGGCACGGGCUGGCCUUCAGAGCACCCAGCUCUCCCGUGCUCAUCCCUGCAGAGACAGCAGCAGUGCUGGCUCCUUUCUUUGCUGGGAGCUGUGCUGUGCCCUUGCUGUGUCUGCCAUGGCACAGGAGCAGCUGAGGUUAACUUGGGAGAGCCAGGGGAGACCCUUCACCCCCUGUUUCCUGCCUUCCUCGUGCCCUCUGCCCUCUGCAAGGCUCCUCCAGGGAGCAGAGUGGUGCAGGGUGUGUUGCAACCUGGAGAGUUCCUCUGUCCACCCAGCCUGAGCCUUCCCCUCAGCCCCUGCUGGUCCCCUGCAGCUCUGAGCAGGGCCUGGUACAACUGCAUUUCAUUCUCUGCUUACCCACCAGCUCUGACUGAUGGGUUUUCUGGGCCCAAGAGCCCUGCACUGCAGGUCCCAGCAAAGGUGACCACACAUGGGGAGCUGCAUCUUCCUAGGCCAGGCAGGUGGCUCCUCUCUGAGGAAUGAGGCAUCCUCCCUUCUCCAUGUGCUUCCCUCCCCUCCCACACACCAGGGCUCCCCCAGCCAGCUCUGCAGUAUUUAUUGAACUGUACCACACAGCUGCCCCUCCAACCCCUCCUGACUCAAUAAAGCCUGGCCUGUGGCAGCAGGGAGCCAGAGGAGCUCA